AACUAGCAGCUAAAGGUUAAAUGUGUCCACUGUGUCUCUUUGUCGUCCACAGUUUAACCCAAUCAUCACUGUCAGCCCUGAUUAUUGAUCUUUUCCAGCGUCGCCGGUCUUUCUAUUAAUACCUAAUCUUGUCUCUAACAAGAGGUGGAGCUGCGUCUGACGCCCAUUGAUAUCCUUCAUGUCUCCGGAGACUUUGGGGGCUCCGUGGGGUCUGGGGCCUCGGGAGCUUCUGGGGCUUCCGGGUCCGGAGGCUCGGGGGACGCGAUGGUCUCCGGUGCCUCGGGUGACGUCAUCCUGAUUUCCGGGGACUCCCAGGAGCUGGUCGGCUCCGGAGGAUCCGGAGAGUUCUUGAAAUCUGGGGGUCUCCUGAUAUCUGGGGAUCCGUCGGGAUCCGGAGACACCAUGGGAUCCGCCGCCUCCGGGGAUUUCUCCGGAGGAUCCGGGAUAAUUAUUGACCUGGGCUCUGGAGGGUCGGGGGACCAGUCUGGUUCUGGGUCCUCUGGAGAUUUUUCAGCCUCUGGGGAAUCUGGAAGCUCUGGGAGUUCUGGGGACUUUGGGAUUAUUCUGAUAUCGGGAGAGGAGGAGCUGCCCCUCACCCCAGACACUAUCCCCCAUGAGGCAUCGGGUGCUUCUGGGGAGUUUUCAGGAGCGUCAGGAACCUCAGGGGCCUCAGGGGACACUGGAGCCUCUGGAGAUUUAGGGGUCUCCGGCGCCUCGGGGGGAUCCGGGGUCUCUGGCUCUGGAGACAUCGAGGUCCCUGAGGUCACUCUGGUCCCUGACAUUGAUAAAGAGGAGGGGCUGCUUCCGACUACGCCAGAAACCCCUCAGGAGGGUGCUGGCACUGUAGAAGGGUCAGGGAGCUCUGGAUUGCCAGAGCCGGGUGAGCCCGACGAGCCCGAUGAGCCUGUGGUUGUCAGACCAGGUAUGCCCACUUGCUUGUUGUGCACGUGCCUCGGCGGAUCGGUCUACUGCGACGACUUGAGGCUGGACAGUGUGCCGCCUCUGCCCAAAGACACCACUCACUUCUACGCCCGCUACAACAGGAUCACCAAGAUCAACAAGUCGGACUUCGCCUCCAUGAACAAGCUGAAGAGGAUCGACCUGACCGCCAACGAGAUCACGUCCAUCGACGAGAAGGCCUUCGUGGGUCUGCCCGAGCUGGAGGAGCUGGUGAUCCGGGAGAACCACGUCUCACAGCUGCCGGCGCUCCCGGAGACCAUGACCUUGAUCGACGGCAGCCACAACAACAUCGGCACGAAGGGCAUUCAUAAAGAGGCCUUUAAAGACAUGACCAGCCUGCUGUACUUGUACCUGACGGACAAUCACAUCGAUUACAUCCCAGUGCCUCUACCAGACAGUCUGAGAUCUCUACACCUACAGCGUAAUAACAUUCAGAUGAUGCACGAGGACACGUUCUGCAACCUGAAAGACUUCAACUACAUCAGGAACGCGUUGGAGGACAUCCGUCUGGACGGCAACCCCAUCAACCUCAGCAGGACCCCGCAGGCCUACGUCUGCCUGCCCCGCAUACCCAUCGGGGAUCUUAUUUAACCACACACACCCACGCCCUUGCACACAGAUUCAACCACAUGCACACAUAUUUGUACAUAAUGGCGCUCAAGACAACACAUGCCGACUCACACAUUUCGCUCGCUCCUCAAGUGAAACCCGCGGUUACCGAUAAGCUGUCACACGCGCUGCUGACAAGUCAGUGCAACUCUGUGGAAACGGUUUGAUAAACACAUAAAUGAUCAGUCCGACUCCGACGAUCAAGCACAUACACACUGCUUUACUGCAACUUCUCACUUUUUUUUUUUCAUCAGACGUUAAUGCCAGGAAACGACACACACACACACACACACACCUGAAGCAUUCAUUCACAUGCAUGUACAUACACAUAUAAACACACACACACAUUCACAGGAACUUCCUGAAAAAGCCAAAUCGCUCCACAAACUGAUGAAAUGCAAAUUUUUUGGCAUUUGGAGAAAUCAGUUUUUGUUUUUUUGUUUUUUUUAAAAAAAGAGAAACCCUUGAAUGGCAUGUACGUAUGGCAUCCUGUUAGUGUCUUUUCAUGACUAGAAAAUAAAGAAACAACCAGUAAUAUAUUGUUUAAAUAUGUUUGUUUUGUAAAAAAAAAUAAAAAUAAUGUUAUUAUUAAUGACGAAUCUAACACUUUGGACAUUGUAUACUAGUAUAAACAUUUUGAAGCCGCAGCUUAAUGAAAGGUAAAUUGAGUAUCCAAUGCAAUAAAAGACGCAUUUAAACACUAUCAUUGGUUGUAAAGUCUGUACUGUAAUAUAAAUAUAUAUUACCAAAGGAGGAAAAAAGUUGUUUUUUUUUAAGAUGAACUGCAAUAUUUGGGAUACUACACUUCAAGGAGUGUUGUUUUUAAACACAAUAGCUUCCACCAAAGGCUCUGCUGUCGAGAGUCGAUGGA